UGCUCGGGCUCCAGUAGGAGGAGAAGUGACGUCUGGCAGAGGGGGAUGGGCACGUAUAUAAAUGAAUAGGAAUGUACCGCUGCUACAGGAGCAACUGACAGGGGCGGGGCUGAAACUGCUUCCUUAUUGUGCGUGUGUGUCAUUGGCUACUUACUUCCUGUGGGCGGUCCCGAACUGAAAUAAGUAAUUCAUUAUAAUGAGCCGCAUGGAACUGUCCUGCUGUCACUCACGUGACGUCGUUGUGAGCCGGUGGAAUGUCCCACUCUCUGCCCCGGCAGGGGGAUAUUUGGGGGGUGGUGCUGUUGCUCUCCUGCUUCCUGCAGGCCGGCCUGGUCUUUGGGACAGUUCGCUCUUUCGGAGUUUUCUUCCCGGAGUUUGUGGAAAUCUUUGAGUCGGCAGCUGGGAGCGUCUCGUGGGUGACCUCUUGUGGCGUGGCUGUGCAACAGCUGAUGAGCCCCCUGGGAUGUUCCCUCGCCCAGCGCUUUGGCUCUCGCCCUGUUGUCAUUCUGGGGGGUCUCAUGUCUGCCCUGGGAAUGUUCUUUGCCUCCUUUGCUACUGAACUCUAUCAACUGUACCUGUGCAUCGGGGGUCUCUCAGGUCUCGGAUGGGCGCUGAUCUUUUCGCCUACGAUGGCGGCUGUGACCCGUUCUUUUGUCCGGCGCAGGUCGCUGGCUACAGGUUUUGUACUGAUGGGGGUGGGCGUCUUCUCCUUUGCACUGAGCCCCCUGUUGCAGUACCUGCUGGAGACGUACUCCUGGCGGGGGGCCCUACUCCUGUUAUCAGGCCUGGCGCUUCAUUCUGUGCCCUGUGGUGCCCUACUGCGCCCGCUCCCCGGAGACCCUCGGGAAUCCUCUUACUCAUUCCUGUGGGGCUGGAAGCUUCUGGGAGAGGGGGUCUUCUUGCGCUACUGCCUGGCCAUUACCUCCAUCAACACUGGAUACUUUGUGCCCUACGUGCACCUGGUGGCUCAUAUGCAGGCGCGGGGGGCGGGCGAGUGGCACGCUGCCCUGAUCAUGUCCGUGAUUGGAGUAGCCGAUGUGGGGGGGCGCCUCUUUGCCGGCUGGUUGUCUGAUCUUGCCCCCCAGCGCACGCUGUUGUUCCUCAGCCUGUGGACAGCUUUGACGGGGGUGAUCCUGGGACUCCUCCCCCUGGCCAAGGAAGUGGUGGCAAUGGGAGCAGCCGCCGUGGCCUUUGGUUUCUGUGCCGGGGCUCUUACCCCAGGCGUCUUUUCUGCCCUGCCGGGGGUUGUUGGAGACCAAAGGGUUUUACCUGCCCUGGGAUUGCUGCAAAUGAUAGAGAGUGGAGGAGGACUCCUGGGUGCCCCCCUAUCAGGAUGGUUGUGCGACCUCACAGGGGACUUUACACUCUCGUUUGCUGUCGCCGGUUCCUUCCUUCUUCUUGGGGCGCUUAUUCUCCUUACUCUCCCUAGAGUAUUUUGUAACAAACAAACUGACCUAUCAUUGAAGGACAAAGCUGAGGGGCCACCACAGGGAUCAUGGGAUGGCGAGUCAGGCAGUAGGGAACAUCAGGACCCACCAACGAAGAACCAGUCACAAGGAAGGGACAGAAAUGAUCAGUCCUAUUUCAUUACCGUUGACCCAUCACAAAUCAGGACAGAGGGGAAAUUAAGCGGAUGCAUGGACCAAUCAGAAUCACAAAAAGGUACAGGCCUACCUUUACUUGAAACUAAUGGACAACCAUGGAGCAGUUCAACCGGGAGUAUAUUCUUGUUCCCAGAAACAAACCACAACAAUGGUGGAGCUUACUAUCAAGUGGCCAACCAGGAGUCGCCUUCCCUGCGGGAUGUGAUCUGACAGAUUUCCUAUUACUAAUAAAUUUUAUUUAGGUCCAAA